GUCAUUACUCUCUGACCUAUCUCUACACUGGGCUGUCCAGGCCUAGCAAAGGCACCCACAGGCUGCAGGGCACUGUCUUCCUCAAUGACCGUGCAUUCUUCCACUACAACAGUGAAGAUGGGAAGGCUGAGCCCUGGGAUCAUGGAGACACGUGGAAGGAGUAGAGGACUGGGAGAAGCAGAACCAACUUCAGAAGGCCAGGGAGGACAUCUUUAUGGAGACCCUGAAUAACAUCAUGGAGUAUUACAACAACAGUAGUGGAUGUGUAGCAGGUUCCUGCGGCGGCUGCUGGUGAAGAGCUGGCACUCCCCCCGCCCCGCCGGGGGUCGCCUCCUGCUUCCCCAGCUCCUGGGAUUCCGCCUUGUGCUGCUGGCUGCCAGUGGGCCUGGAGUCUAUGGCGAUGAGCAGAGUGAAUUUGGGUGUCACACCCAGCAGCCGGGCUGCAAGGCUGCCUGCUUUGAUGCCUUCCACCCCCUCUCCCCGCUGCGUUUCUGGGUCUUCCAGGUCAUCUUGGUGGCUGUACCCAGCGUCCUCUACAGGGGUUUCACUCUGUAUCACGUGAUCUGGCACUGGGAAUUAUCAGGAAAGGGGAAGGAGGAAGAGGAUACCCUGAUCCAGGGAGGGGAGAGCAGCAGAGAUACCCCAGGGGCUGGAAGCCUCACGCUGCUCUGGGCUUACGUGGCUCAGCUGGGAGCUCAGCUGGUCCUGGAGGGGACAGCACCAGGGUUGCAGUACCACCUGUAUGGGUUCCAGAUGCCCAGUUCCUUUGCAUGUGGCCAAGAGCCUUGCCCGUAUAGAUUAACCUGCACCUUUUCCCGCCCCUCGGAGAAGAUCAUCUUUCUAAAAGCCAUUUUUAGAGUCAGUGGGUUCCGUCUCUUGUUCACUCUUUUGGAGAUUGUGCUUCUGGGUCUGGGAAGACUGUGUAAGCCCCUGCAGAACUUCCUGGGUGGGGCCUCUUCCUCCAGCCAUGCCCUCGCCCUGAGCAGCAAAAGGAACCUCCAGCAGACACUCUCCAGCCACCACGUCCUUGCAGAUGACUUCCCAGUGCAGAUCCCCAGUCUGCGCUGCCUCUGA